AUGGCCGACGCAAAGAUCCAGGAUCUCCUCACCAAGCCUCGCAAUGAGUUGACCGAGUACGAGAUCCAGCAGCUGGAAGAGUACGAGUUCAACAGCGGCCCGCUGUCGAUCCUGCAGACCGCCGUGCGCUCCCACACGCAGGUGCUGAUCUCGAUCCGCAACAACCGCAAGCUGCUGGCCCGCGUCAAGGCCUUCGACCGCCACUGCAACAUGGUGCUGGAGAACGUCAAGGAGAUGUGGACCGAGACCCCGCGCCUGGCCGGCGGCAAGAAGGGCCGCCCUGUCAACAAGGACCGCUUCAUCAGCAAGAUGUUCCUCCGUGGCGACUCAGUCAUUCUGGUCCUCUUGAGUUAA